CUGGCGCGAGGAAGGUGAGAAAGAGAAGACAGGAGAAGAAAAAGAAGACGCUACUUCUGACUAGAAAGAAGUAGGCGACUUUGCGUCUGAAACAUUAGGGAAAAAGAAGACCGCACUGGCUGCUGAAUUAUAGACUAACAUAUGCAUGAAACCAUAACUAUGAAAGCGCGUGGGCAUUUGAGCUUUACCUUUCAUAGAGCGAGACCAAUAGGUGACUGAUCGAUAGGAUUACAAUAGUCGCACCCGGACUAAUAUAGUUUUUACGCAGAAAAAGGGGACCGUCCGAAAGUCAUGGAGUAUAGAGCUGAAAUAAAAAUUAGCUAGCGUCAAAAGAUUAAAGAAGACGCCAAAAAAGAAAUCGCUUGGAGCAGCUGGAACCUGUUAAAGAAUGGAUUUUAGCUCUAUUCGCAAGUUCAUUACCAGAUGGUGUGCUGGAGAGGAGAACUGGGUGGACACCAGGACCGUGUACAUUGGAAACAAAGAGCCCCCGCCGGGAGCAGAGGCCUACAUCCCCCAGAGGUACCCCGACAACCGCAUCAUCUCCUCCAAGUACACAUUCUGGAAUUUUGUACCGAAGAAUUUGUUUGAGCAGUUCAGAAGAAUUGCCAAUUUCUACUUCCUCAUCAUAUUUCUUGUACAGUUGAUCAUUGACACGCCCACCAGUCCCAUCACCAGCGGACUCCCUCUCUUCUUCGUCAUCACGGUCACGGCCAUCAAACAGGGCUAUGAGGACUGGCUCAGGCACAAAGCAGACAAUGCUAUUAACCAGUGUCCUGUACACGAGGUGCAGCAUGGGAAGGUGAUCAGGAAACAGAGUCGUAAACUGAGGGUGGGUGAUGUGGUGCUAAUGAAGGAAGAUGAGACGUUCCCCUGUGACCUCAUCCUUCUCUCCACCAGUAGGGAGGACGGGACCUGUUUUGUCACUACAGCCAGUCUGGACGGGGAAUCCAGUCACAAGACCUACUAUGCUGUACAGGACACUAAGGCCUUCAACACAGAGGAGGAUUUCGAUACUCUACAGGCUUCUAUUGAAUGUGAACAACCACAACCAGACCUCUACAAAUUCGUGGGCCGAAUCAAUAUUUAUUCGGACAGAAACGAGCCCAUCGCGAGGCCUUUGGGAUCUGAGAACCUACUUCUCAGAGGGGCGACACUGAAAAACACAGAGCACAUAUAUGCUGUUGCCAUCUAUACUGGUAUGGAGACCAAGAUGGCGCUCAACUACCAGUCCAAGUCCCAGAAACGCUCUGCAGUGGAGAAGUCAAUGAAUGCGUAUCUGAUAGUGUACCUGUGCAUCCUGAUCAGCAAGGCUCUGAUCAACACAGUGAUGAAGUAUGUGUGGCAGGCUGACCCAGACAGAGAUGAGCCCUUCUACAACCAGAAGACUGACAUAGAGAGGCAACGCCAUAUAUUGAUCCGGGCGUUCACAGACUUCCUGGCCUUCAUGGUGUUGUUUAAUUACAUCAUUCCCGUGUCCAUGUACGUUACCGUGGAGAUGCAGAAGUUCCUGGGGUCCUACUUCAUCAUGUGGGAUGAUGAGAUGUUUGACGAGGAGCUGGGAGAGAGGGCUCAGGUUAACACAUCUGACCUCAAUGAAGAACUGGGACAGGUGGAGUACGUGUUUACAGACAAGACAGGCACCCUGACAGAGAACAACAUGGAGUUUAUAGAGUGCUGUGUGGACGGCUAUGUUUACAUCCCUGAUGCCAUCUGCAACGGACAGGUCAUGCCAGGGGCAACAAGCAUGGACAUGAUUGACUCCUCACCUGGACCAGGGGGCAAGGAGACUGAGGAGUUGUUCUUCCGGGCGUUGUGUCUGUGCCACACGGUACAGGUGAAGGAGGAGGUGACAGUGGAUGGCAUCAAGAUGGGUAUCCAUCAGAACAAGGCCACCUCCUUCUACAUAUCAUCCUCACCUGAUGAGGUGGCUCUGGUGGAGGGCAUGAAGAGGCUUGGCUUCACCUAUCUGCGGCUGAAGGACAGUCACAUGGAGAUUCUGAAUAGGGAGGAUGAGGUCGAGAGGUUUGAGCUGCUGGAGGUAUUGACCUUUGACUCAGUGAGGAGGAGAAUGAGUGUUAUCGUCAGGUCCACCACAGGGGAGUACUACCUGUUCUGUAAAGGGGCCGACUCAUCCAUCUUCCCCAGGGUGAUCUCUGGCAAGGUGGAGCAGGUCAAAGCCAGAGUGGAGCACAACGCUGUGGAGGGCUUACGGACACUGUGCGUGGCGUACAGGAAGUUGAGCGUGGCUCAGUACGAGGAGACAUGUCACCUGCUGAACAGCGCCAAGCUAGCCCUGCAGGACCGAGACAGGAAGCUGGCCGAGGCCUAUGACAUCAUUGAGAAGGACUUCAUACUGCUGGGGGCCACCGCCGUGGAGGACAGGCUCCAGGACAAGGCAGCAGACACCAUCGAGUCUCUCCAGAAGGCUGGGAUGAAGGUGUGGGUCCUGACCGGGGAUAAGAUGGAGACAGCGGCGGCUACUUGUUACGCUAGCAAGCUGUUCCGCCGGUCCACACAGAUACUGGAGCUGACCACCAAACGCACCGAGGAGCAGAGUCUACAUGACGCUCUGUUUGACCUGAGAAAAACUGUACUCAGACAGCAUGGUAGCAUGACCAGAGACACCUUCUCAGGUCUGUCUGCUGACUGUGUGGACUACGGUCUGAUCAUCGAUGGGGCCACCCUGUCUGCGGUGCUGAAGCCAAGUCAGGAGGACUCCAGUCAGGGGAACUACAAGGAGAUCUUCCUGGAGAUCUGCAGGAACUGCAGUGCUGUGCUCUGCUGCCGGAUGGCGCCCCUCCAGAAAGCACAGAUUGUGAAGCUGAUCAAAGCGUCUCCAGAACACCCCAUCACGCUAGCCAUUGGAGACGGAGCUAAUGAUGUUAGCAUGAUCCUGGAGGCUCACGUGGGCAUCGGCAUCAUGGGUAAAGAGGGUCGCCAGGCGGCGCGGAACAGUGACUACGCCAUCCCAAAGUUCAAACACCUGAAGAAGAUGCUGCUGGUUCACGGACAUUACUACUACAUCCGCAUCUCAGAGCUCGUCCAGUACUUCUUCUACAAAAACGUCGCCUUCAUCUUCCCUCAGUUCCUCUACCAGUUCUUCUGUGGCUUCUCCCAACAGCCGCUGUAUGACACAGCCUAUCUGACGCUGUACAACAUCAGCUUCACCUCUCUGCCCAUCCUGCUCUUCAGCCUCAUCGAGCAGCACAUCAACAUGGACAUCCUCAAGAAAGACCCCUCCCUCUACAGGGACAUAGCUAAGAACUCUCUCCUGCGUUGGCCCAUCUUCAUCUACUGGACCUUCCUGGGGGUGUUCGACGCCGUCGUCUUCUUCUUUGGUGCUUACUUCCUGUUCAACAACAGCACCUUCACCAGCAACGGACAGCUAAUGACAACCAACACACAGAUGAUGUUUGGUAACUGGACGUUUGGGACUCUGGUCUUCACUGUGCUGGUGUUCACAGUCACGUUAAAGCUGGCCCUGGACACACACUACUGGACGUGGAUCAACCACUUUGUCAUCUGGGGCUCUCUGCUUUUCUUCGUCAUCUUCUCUCUGCUAUGGGGAGGCAUCAUUUGGCCCUUCCUGAACUACCAGAGGAUGUACUAUGUGUUUAUUCAGAUGUUGUCCAGCGGUCCGGCCUGGCUCAGCAUCAUCCUGCUCAUCGUCACCAGUUUGCUGCCUGACGUGGUCAAGAAGGUCGUCUGCAGGGCCCUGUGGCCCACCACCACAGAACGCAUCCAGAAUGCAGACAAGCUGUAUAACGGCCAGCUGUCGGAGUUCACCCCGCUGGCAUCUCUCCACGCGCCCACGCGCAGGAGGGCCGACCACCAAAACCCCAUUCCCAGAAGGUCUGAACCCUUCACCAAAAAACUCAUGUUCACCCACUGGAGGGGCGGGCCCAACUACUGCACUUUCACCCCCCUCCUCCGAUUCGCCGGCAACUCCCGUCACUCUGGGGGAGGCUACGCCCACAAUGGGGCAGGGCCUGAGACCUCGGUGUAGUCUAGAGUGGAGUUUAGUCUGAUUUAGACUGCAAGUCUAGACCAUCUCUUAAAGACUGCAAGUCUAGACCAAGAUUGCAGUGUAGAGCAAUUGACCACUGGAACAAUCUGUCCUCUAGACAAUAGAUACCUAAUCUAGAUGCUUACAGUUACCAAUGUCUUUGUGAAAAAGCAUACAAACACCAAAUACACACAGGAGGACGAUCCUAGGGCUGUGUUGUGUUAGCACAAGGAGCUGAGUGAACUAAACAGACUUGGCUCCAGACUAGCAGUGGCUGUGGAUUGGUGGAAAGGCCCUUGGCUCCACCCAAUGAUGUCUACUGUGGGUCCGACCCCUCAGACCCACCCUGCAGUGUGUGUGUGUGUGUGUGUGUGUGUGUGUGUGUGUGUGUGUGUGUGUGUGUGUGUGUGUGUGAGUGUGUGUGAGUAUGUGUGAGAGUACGUGUGUAUGCCACUCCCCCAUAUCUCCCUGUCAACUGUCUGUCAGUGAUGAUGUAAUUUCAAGUGUUUGUCAUAGAGUAUGUCACUCCCCCGUAUCUCCCUGUCAACUGUCUGUCAAUGAUGGUGUCAUUUAAAGUAUUUGUCAUAGAGUAUGUCACUCCCCCGUAUCUCCCUGUCAACUGUCAACUGUCUGUCAGUGAUGAUGUCAUUUCAAGUGUUUGUCAUAAAGCAGUGGUCCAAUGUGAAUGGAGGAUGUUCAGAGGCAUGUUUUAACUGACCACACCUUCCUGUCUUUGUUUUGUCUCUUCUCUUCCUCUCUUCCUGUCCUGCUUUUUAUAGAACAAACUGGUGUUGCCUCUGUGCAAAUCUCUUAUCCAGGAACACUCCAUAAGACACUAUAGUCUUUUCCGAUUCAGUUGUAAGUGGCUAGGCCGUGAUAGUGAUUUAUCUCUGCUGGACUAGACACAGUUCUGUGUGUGUGUGUGUGUGUGUGUGUGUGUGUGUGUGUGUGUGUGUGUGGUAUGCCGUGUCAUAGACUGUCCUUGUGUCUACUGUAGAGUGGUGUGAUUAAACCCCCAUUCCCCCUUGUAACCGUCCCAUUUCCUGACAUGGAAGCUAAGGCAUCCUGCCGCACCUAGUGCUAAGGAACUACAGUGGGAAACUAGUAUGCAUGGGAAUCCUUUUCCGCCUUAACAUCUACACAGUGUUUCCUUUGAAAUACACAGUAGUCUGGAACCAAAGCAUCAGAAAAUACCUUUUCAAUGGCUUGCCUUACUGGUUAUUGCCUUACACUGAGACUGGGUGGGACAGAGGAAGAUACAUUCUGCCUUACACCACACCAGGAUUGGUGGACUGUAUUAGAUAGAGAGAACCUACUGUGUUUCUGGGCUUUAACAUUGUCCAUGCAGAUAUCUGACAUCUCUCUCACUCAGACCUGAAGCCUUAAGGGAGCAGUGGAUCUCUGUCACAGAAACGUGUAGAAUGUAGACGUUAUGUUUAGCUGCUUUGCUCUGUCCCUUGGCAUAAAGCAUAUAGAACAUACCCAUAGAAGUCUCACGAUGCGUGAGAGCCUUAUGAAGGUGUUAUAAGAGUGUUAUAAUUGUCUCACAAGAGUCUGGCAGGGGUCUUAGCAUUUCAUCUGUCACUGUGUGCUCUCUCUCUCCCUCAGAUAUUCUCUAAUGCUUCUAUGUUCCAUUUCCUCCUCUUUCUUCAUGUUUUUUUUUUAACCUAUAACCUUUCUCCUCUCUUGUUCCUGUUGAAGUGAUGCUCGUGUGGAUCUGUCCUCUCGAGCCUCACUACACCUCCUCUCAUCCUCCGCUCAUCCUCUCAUCCAUUCAUCCAUUCACUCCUUCGUCUGGUCACGCAUCCCUCCAUCCGUCUCAUAAGAACACAGUCUGUGUGGUGGGUGUAAGGAGAGAGAGAACGAGGAAAGGGAGAUGGAGGGAGGGAGGGAGGGAGGACUGUACCAAAACCAAGGUUUUUCUAGACACAUUUAGCUGCUUGAUAGUAGAUGGCUUGUGGUCCUGUGGUGCAUUGUGGGAUCUGUUCAAACCGAGAGGAACAAAAGUAUAUGGAUGUCCCAUAUAUAGAUAAGGAUGUUGUUAUACACAUUGUAUUUGUGUGUGUGUGUGUAUGUGUGUAUGUGUGUGGUGUGUGUGUGUGUGUGUGUGUGUGUGUGUGUGUGCAGAUGUCUUUUUCAUUGAAAGCGGUAAUGAUAUUUAAGAUGGUCAUCUGUUAUUAGGUGGUAUUAUGAAUCUUCACUGAAAUGUAAAGAUACUGAAAUCUUCACAUUACGCCACAAUCAGAACUAUAACACUGGACAUUGCUAUGACAACGUUUACAAAUAAUAAACGACUUAGUGAAUGUUUCAUGAAUGAAUUAUGACAAUGGAUGAAUAAAUGAUGAGUGACCGACUGUAAGGAAAUGGAUGACUACAAAAAUAGUGAGAACUAGUGUUUUUAUCAGCACUUCUGUGGUCAUCUGUUAAUUAGUUAGAGGAUGAAUGACACUGGUACUUAGGCAGUUGUUUAGGGUGUCUAAUGUUGAUUGACAUGGACUGUUUGCAUGCUCUGUCUCUGUCAUACCACUGGAUGUACUGAGUUUCUCAGUGGGUUUAUGAAUCGAACAGGCAUAACCUAUCUUUCUCUGACAGUUCAAAACUCUCCAAACUGAAAUAUGACGUCUCUCUUUUUAUUGCUCUGAUGUCUAGUCCAGUAAAAUACCUAUUCGAUAAAAGCUUGGAAACUUGAAACAAACUACACUAUUAUAAGUUGACUGUAUUGUCUAGAAUUGAUUGUAUUGAGAUUCUUUUUUUGAUAUUCUGUGUAACAUUUUGUCUCUGUUAGAUUUCCUGUUUGAAAAGGCCUAGAUCUCAACUCAAUAGUCAAUUGGUUUGGAGAGAAAUGUUGGUUUUGAGACCAACAAACUCUCAGAAAGAGAGAGUAUGUGCAUUUGACAGUUUUAGUCCUGUAAGUGUUGCUGAAUAUGCUACAGAAUAUUGAAUGUAUAAGAAGACAUGACAUCAUAUAUCUGUGUUUUAUGAUUAUAAUAAUAUCAGCAAACAUGGAUGGAUGCUAUUGAACAAAAGUCCCACGUGUUCAACUGUGAGCUGGCUUGUUGCUGUUAGAAUUUGGUUGGACAAACCACUUCAGUGCAUCAGAACGUUUCCAUGAUCCAUAACGGAAAUGAUCACCAAAUACUGACAUGUAGUAAUGUAGAAGGGUUUUUCAAGCAGCAACCCUGUUCUGAUCAGAAUACUCAGAUGUAGGUAUUUUUGUAUAUCUUAGAACAAUCCUGUUUUGCUACUUUUGUAUUCAGAAGAGAAGACCUGUUCGCUGACUUGUAUUAAUUUAGAGAAUUAAUAUUCCGUUUUCUAAUAACCAAAACAGCUAGAGAGGAACUGUCAGAGACGGAAGAGGAAACAAGAUACCCCACUCACUGUAUUUUUUUUCAGGUUCAAUAAAGUCAAUGAACUAAGUAGACCAGACCCAGCUGCUUUUGCAUUGGUGUCUAUGGGAGACACACCCAGUUAAGUAGACCGGAACUUAUCAUUUUAUUAAACGGUAAACAGCCUGCGUGAACUAUCUUAAUUGAUCUACCAUCGUUGCAACUGUCACGAGAAGAGACAUCAUGCAAAUGAACGAUAUAGCUUUACAAUUCUGCUUUGUGUCAGUUAAUAUACUAAGAAAUCCAAGUACAAUUGUCUCUUCUGUGUUCCUGCACUGAAAUAACACAUGUUUCUCGCAUGAAAUAUGGGUUUGUUUUUAAAGACAUUUUGAAAGCCAUUGACUAUGGGUUAAGGUGUGAUCAGAUGAAUAACUAUAGUAGAUGUUUAUUGUUCUAAUAUAUAGCUAUACUGACUUAGUAGGGCUUGGACUUUACAGCCAGCCUUUACAGUUUAACAGAAUGUGUAUUUCUCUUUAACAAUGCAUCAGCACAUAGCGUUAUGACAUCACUCAUAACUUUGACUAUAUUUAAAUAUAUGUAUACUUCUGUACACUCUUUAAGAUAUAUAUAUAUAUAUAUAUACUGUAUGUAGUAAAGGUAAUUAAUGUACAGUUUUGGGGUCUUUUUCUAUACAGUUUUUUUAACAGAUUGAUAUCUGUAGAUACAUGUGGAUUUUUGCCAGCCUUUCUGUAGCUAUCAAUGGCAAACAACUGUACAUGUGCUUGUAAUAAAACCAAAAAUAAAACAA